UGAGUGCCUCUGUCAUGCAUGAUGUAUCUCCAUGUUAGCUUAGCUUUCAUUAUAUAAUGAGUACUAAGUAAAAUAGCAUGGUCAACGUACUAGUUUGUUAACAGAAGAGUUUGAUAUGGCUGAGAAACUUAUGCAAGCUGUUCAGUACAAUUCCUAUGGGGGAGGUGCCUCUGGAUUGAAGCAUGUUGAAGUUCCUAUUCCAACUCCAAAGAACAAUGAAGUUUUAAUCAAAUUGGAAGCAACUAGUAUUAACCCGGUUGAUUGGAAGAUUCAGAAGGGUCAACUUCGAGCUAUAUUUUUGCCUCGAAAGUUUCCUCACAUACCUUGCACUGAUGUAGCAGGAGAAGUAGUAGAUGUUGGAUCACAAGUCAAGGAUUUUAAGGCUGGAGACAAAGUUAUUGCUAAACUCACACAUCAAUAUGGAGGUGGACUAGCUGAGUUUGCAGUGGCUACUGAGAGCUUAACAGCGGCCAGACCAUCCGAAGUCUCAGCUGCUGAAGCUGUGAGUUUACCUAUAGCCGGUCUUACAGCUCGUGACGCGCUCACUGAAAUUGGAGGAGUUAAGCUUGAUGGAACUGGCGAGCCCAAGAACGUUUUGGUAACUGCUGCUUCAGGCGGUGUAGGAGUAUUUGCUGUUCAGCUUGCCAAACUAGGGAACAACCAUGUGACAGUCACUUGUGGCGCUCGCAACAUCGACUUUGUUAAGAGCUUAGGUGCUGACGAGGUUCUCGACUACAAGACUCCAGAGGGAGUAGCACUGAAGAGUCCAUCCGGUAGGAAAUAUGAUGUAGUGGUAAAUUGCACCACUGGAAUUCCAUGGUCAACUUUUGAUACUAAUUUAACCGAAAAAGGGGUUGUAGUCGAUUUAACACCUGGCCCGAGUUCAUUGUUGACUUUUGCGCUGAAGAAAGUUACUUUUUCAAAGAAGCGGUUGGUACCAUUUUUCGUAAAUGUCAAGCGAGAGGGCUUGGAACAUCUUACUCAGUUGGUGAAGGAGGGAAAACUGAAGUCAAUUAUUGAUUCUAAGUUUCCUUUGAGCAAAGCAGAAGAUGCUUGGGCUAAGAGCAUUGAUGGCCAUGCUACUGGAAAGAUCGUUGUGGAACAAUAGGCACAGUUUGCUUGAUGUUGUGUCAUAGUUUCAAAUAUUCUACACAAGAUUUGUGUAUUUUAUAUAGAAAAUGAAUAACCUGGUAUACAUUGUAUGCUGUAAGGAUUUUGAAUUCAUAUAUAUAUAU